UCCAGCGCCCCCUGGAGGGCAACAGGCGAAGUAGCAUCGAAGUUGAUGUUUGCGACAGUUGGAGCGCGUUUGCGGCAGCAUCAUGGCAGCGUACGGUGGGAGUUUUGAGAGCGCAAACAGCAUUAAAUCUAGAAAAGAGGCCAAAAGGGAAGAAAGAGAGCUCGUUUUACAACAGGUAACACCAAACGUGGUGCACCCCGCCUUGGGUCUUUCAUCUCUCUUCACACUGGAUUCAUAUUUUGUGCUUGUUUUUUGCACACAGGAGCAUACAGUGAAAAACAAGAAAAAGAAAAAAGAGAAGAAAGCAAAAAAGAGUAAGAAAGAGAAGAAGAAGAAAGCCAAGAAAGAGACAAAAGAUGAGGAAGAUGCAUCUUGUGACAACUCUGAAGACUCAGAGGACGAGUGGGUGGAUGCCCCGGCUCCGUCAGGGGGCGGAGACAAGGCAUGGAAGGUGGAGCAUGAUGCCACGCCCACUGUCAGCUCAGCCAGUGCUAACCGAAGAGACGAAUGGAUGACCUUUGACUUCCUGGCGAUGAAGACGACCUCUCAGGCAGAGAGACGAGCGCAGAAAGAAGCAGAGAAAGAGGCGGAAAGACAGAAAGCAGAGUCUAUCGAACAGGCUGGUCUUCUCAGGUUAGAGUUGAACCCUUACUGGAAGGACGGAGGAAGUGGUCUGCCCCAGGAGGACACCUCCAGUACUGCAGUUAAAAAAGCUGGAGUGGUGAAUGAUGGAGGGGUGAGCUGGCUCAGGAAGUCAUAUCAGAGGAUGAAAGAGCAGGCCGACAGAGAACAGCGCAGUCUGGAGAGCGUGGUGGCGGAAAGAUACGGGGUGAACACACACACACACACACACAGCAGUGUAAUCACAAAUGAUUCAUUGGAAAUGUCAUCAAGUCAGGGAAAUUUAUUUAUUCUAUACAAGUUUUUGAACUUAUUUUACACUUCUGUGAACGUUACUUAUGCUAAAACUGAUUGGGUUUGUCAAUCUACCAGUUCAGAGAGCGAGGAAGAGGAGGAGGAAGAGGUGAUCCUGACGGAUGAAGAGAUGAAUAAACUGGGAGCCAAACUGGUCAAGGCAGAACUCAUGGGAAACACGGCGCUGGUGGAAAAUCUGAAGGCUCAGAUGCAAGCGGCCCGUCGAGCCAAAGAGAACCGAGCUCAAAGAAAAGCCCAGAACAAACCGGUUUCUGCAGCAACAGACUCUGAAAAGGACGUGGUGCUGUUCAGGACUGACCCAAUGGGACGAGCCUGGCCGGUCAAAGCCCCGUCCCAACCACAGGAGCCUAGAGGAGGACGGAGGAAGCGGAAAGCAAUCGAGACGCACCAGGAUGGUGAGCGUGUGCGCUAUUUUAAGGAUGAUGAUGGUAUGGAUCUGCAAGAGAUGGUCAGACGGGAGAAGAUGAGCUCUGCUGAAGAUCAGAACGCUCUUUACUCGCGCAUGGCGGCCAAGAUGAUGGGGAGGACAGACGGCGAUAACUACACGCUGGAUGACAUGUUUGUGUCCAGCGCGGCUCAGAGGGAAAGAUCGGAUCGAGACGAAGAGCGGCAGAGGAACAAAGCGGUGCAGGAGACGCGGCGGUUAGCUGGACAGAUGGAGAAAUGUAGACACUGCUUUGAUAGCCCUGAACUGCCCAAACAUCUGAUCGCCGCUGUCGGAAACAAGGUGUACUUGUGUCUGCCGAACAGUGUGUCUCUGACCGAAGGUCACUGUUUGAUCGUCCCUAUCCAGCAUCACACAGCGGCCACGGGUCUGGAUGAGGACAUCUGGAGUGAAAUACAGAUGUUCAGACGGGCUCUGGUCCGCAUGUUCGAGUCUCAGGAGUUGGACUGUGUGUUUUUGGAGACUCAUAUGAAUCCGAAGAGGCACCUGCACAUGGUGUACGAGUGUGUGCCACUGCCCAGAGAGCUCGGAGACAUGGCACCCAUUUACUUUAAGAAAGCCAUAAUGGAGUCGGAUGAGGAAUGGGCCAUGAAUAAGAAGGUUGUGGAUCUCUCAUCCAGAGACAUCAGACAAGCUGUUCCUCGCGGGUUGCCGUACUUCUCCGUGGAUUUUGGAUUGCAGGGCGGAUUUGCGCACGUUAUCGAGAACGAGCAGAAGUUCCCACACUAUUUCGGCAAAGAAAUCCUGGGCGGGAUGCUGGACCUGGAACCGAGACGAUGGCGGAAACCGAUACGUGAGAAUUUCGACGACCAGCGUAAGAAAGUUCUGAAGUUGGCUCAGUGGUGGAAAGCGUUUGACUGCACUAAAACCGACAGCUAGACACUGAGACAGUGUGCUUCCUCAACUCUAUAGAGACUUUUCCAUACUUGAAUUGUAAUUUUAGAGGGCUUGUCAUGUGUACAUGGCUCUAGUAUCUAAAGUAAAAUGUCUAGAAAAUAGUCAUUGAAACCAGGCAUGCUUUAUCUGGUCUGAAGAUUUUUAUGGGACCCUUUUCAUGUUUCACAUCUAGGUAAAUGUUUUGUUUUUUUAAUUAAAUAUCAACCCAGGAAAUAUUUGGUUUUCUCUUAAAUAUAAUACCUGCUCUCAUCCAGUGUUGAUGUAAAUCAUGUUUUCCUGAGCAAUUAAACUCAGAAUAAAAUAUUACAAGACCUCCAGCCGCUCAGCUGAUUAUGUGCUCUGGCUUUAUAAGAUGAUUAUGUUUAGAUGAAGUCUCGCUCCUCGUUCCUGUGAACCUGACCUUGAGUUCACCCUGAGCACCGAUCAUCUGUGGGGUGAUGUUGUUUAAUUUAGUGAAAGAAAGAAAUCUGUUUUGUUUUUAUAGCUAUAUUUUAGGCUGUGCUAACAUGCACAUUAAACUGAUGUUGCAAAUGAAGAUUCUUAAAGAAAUCUGCUUUAAAAAAAACAUUAAAGAAUUCAAAUGUGCAUUGCAUAGAAGACA